ACGGAGAAGAAGGUAAUCCAACAUGAUGGAGCUCAUUAUGACUUCACCAUUAAGGAGAAGCCAGCGUUCAUUACUUUGAACCAGCCUCAGGUGCAGCUUGAGAUUCAGGAGCAGGCCCGCCAGAUCAAUGUGGAGCGUUCAGCUCCAACCAUUAACAUUGGACGUGCUUCGGAUAUCAUCAACGUCAUGGAGGAGCCAGCCAACAUUCACGUGCUCCCAGCCGCUUCCGAGGUGUACGUCGAUGGUGGAGAGGUCAAGGUCGAGGUCGAGCAGAAGGCUCCAGAGAUCGAGGUCGAGCAGUUCAUGCCCAAGAUCUACUUGAAGAUGCCACCCAUCAAGGUGUACUUGGAGAUGGACGGUGCACCAGAGAUCAUGAUGGACUACAUUCAACCAAAUAUCAAGGUUAUCCAGUCAGACCCAAUCAUCCGUUUCGUGAGACCAGAGCCAAAGGUCUCCCUCACACAGCCACCACCCAAGCUCUCUGUGUCCCAAGCACCAUCCAGAGUGGAGGUACUCCCAUCAUCAAAGGCUGCUAUCCAAGUCAAGGAGGCACCACCCCAGAUCUCAUGGAGCAACCCAGAGCCAACCAUGAGAUACCUGUCAACCGACAAGGGUACCAUUUCAUACGACCAAGCUGCACCAGAGUUGGCCUUCAGCAAUGCCCACCCAUCAGUGUCAGUUAGCCAAGCUGAGGCACAAGUACGUGUCAGCCAUGAGGUGCCACAGGUGCACAUCACACCAGUGGAGCCAACUGUCAACAUCAGCGCAUCCGCCCCCAAGAUCGAUGUCCAGCGUCACCCAGUGUCUGUGUCUGUCAUCGAGCCAUCCACCACUGUCACAUUCGGUUCAGCUGCCGUUCGUCAAGAGUCAACAAUGGCCAAGGAGACCAUCGUAGAGCAGGUCGUCCACAGACCAACAACCAUUGUCCGUGAGGCCGUUGUCUCGCAGCCAACCACCAUCGUGCGUGAGGUCGUCCAGAAGCCAAUUGCCACCACCAUGGUACAAGACUCAAUGUUGUCCACCGGUUCAUACUGGAACCAGUUCACCACCACCAUCCUUGACACUGACCAGUUCUUGACCAGACAGGGAGCCGCCCGCAACACCUUCACCGUGCUCGAUGGAAGUGAACAAUCAUUGAUCGAGGCCUUCAAGGAGGAGAAGGGCACCCACCAGUUCAACCUGCUCCUAAGAAAUAACGCCGGAGAGAGCUUGAUGAAGGGAGAGGCACAAGGAAGAGUGAUGAGACUGUGGGACUCCAACAAGGCCCAGCUUGGAUACAUCGAGUGCAGCAAGGAGCAAGUGGAUGCCUUCAAUGACCAAGGAGUCAAGCAGUACUCAUUCAUCCCAAGCGCCCAGAGAUGGAGAUUCGACAUCAAGGACGCCCUGGGUGCCAAGAUCGGUUCGCUCAACAGACCAAGCAAGACCUCUGGCUAUGACCUGCAGUUCAACAAGACCUUGAAGCCCGAGAACAAGAUGCUGCUCCUGUCUUCAUUGUUCUUGAUUGACAACGUGUUUGACUAA